GCAGAGAAGAAACGGCGAAAGAGAGAGGAAUGAGCGGCAUGCGAGGAACCGACAACUGGAAACGGGGAUGGACUGUGGUUGUGGCUUCCUGGAUGGUCCACUUCAGCAACUUCGUAAGCGGAUGCACGCGAAGGGCACCAAGAGAGAGAUGUGUCACUUGUCUUGCUCUUCCUUCCUCUGUGUGUGAUGAAAACAGGGAACCCUCUACACAUUCGUAAGGAAAGCACGCCUGAAAGGAAGAUCUUGCAGACCUUACUGUGUGCUGAUGGAUGGCUGCAUGCAGGGAGUGUUCUUUCCCUACCUCUUGGACGCCUUCGGGGAGACCAAGGCCCUCGCCGCACUGGUCGGCUCCGUGUCGGCCUCUGCCUUCUUUUUCUUGGGAUUCAUCAACGGCGCCUUAGUGAUGAAAUAUGGGCACAGAAGGUGCGCCAUGUGGAUCUGGUUCACUCAUGCGAUAUUUCUUGUUUCUAUUCUCUAUCUGUCCAUCCGUCACAUCACCCACCAGUAUGGCUCAAGUGGGUGCGGUGAUUGUACUGGGCGGUCUGGUGGCGAGUUCCUUCGUCACUGAUUUAUGGCAGCUGUUUCUCACAUAUGGCGUCGUCAGCGGGUUCGGCUUCGGCCUCAGCUACAGUGCGUUUCUUGCGUGCAGACAGACAGAUAGACAGACAGACAGACAGACAAACAGACAGAUGCGUGCAAUGUCUGCGUUUUGUGUGUGUGUGUGUGUGUGUGUGUGUGUGUAGUGUCCGCGAUAACCAUAAUCGCCCUGCACUUCGACAGAGACCGAGCCACCGCCACUGGUACGCAAAACAUGGCCCACUCCCCACUGGCUCCAUGUGUGAUCGUUUCUUCCGUUUUGCAGGUCUGGCUGUGUCGGGCAGCGGCAUCGGGACAGUUUCCUUAGCGCCCACCUUCGACGCGCUCCUUUCCGCUUUGGGUUGGCGCAAUACAUUUCGUGUCCAGGCAGCCCUCUGUACGGCCUUGAUCUUAUUGGCAUCAAUCUUCUUCUUCAAGAGGCCGCAGGAGACCGACCGACAGGCACCCCAUCAGCAGCAGCAGCACGCAGAAGCCAAGGUCGCCACGUCUCUUCCAGCGAGUGCUGAGCAGAAGCAAGAACACCUGGUUCCAAGCUCAGCAGCUGAUGACGGCAGGCAGGAAGUCUCGGCGGCGUCUGCUUCGCCUGCGCGGUCUGGUUCAGUGGGGGGAAAGCAGCCCGUGUCGGUUUAUCAGGCGGUGCUAUCGGCCUUCGACUGGUCUUUGUUCCGGGACAGCCGAUUCCUGAUGAUCUGGACCGGACAAUUCUGCGGCUCAUUCGCCUACCUCGGUGCCAUCUCGCACUGGCCCACAUGGUCAGUCAGCACUGUUUGGAGAACGCCGUACUCAGUGCCGCACGUCCGCAUGUGUGUCUGUGUGUUGUCGUGAUUGAUGGAUGCAUUCAGGGGCAUAGAGAACGGAUUAUCGUCUGACCGAGCCGCUCUCACCGUCACCGCCUUCGGUGCGUCAUCCACCGUCGGCCGAGUCAUCGUAGGCAAGCUCGCCGAUACCUUCGGCCGCAUCGGCACCUUCUGGGUCGGCACUCUUGUGAUGGCGCUCGACAUCGCCUUCCUCACCAUCGCCCGCCGCCUGUGGCAGCUUAUUCUCUUCGCCUGCCUGUUCGGCGUCUCUUCAGGUGCUUUCAUCUCGCUGACACCUGUUGUGGUGGCUCAGCUGUUCGGCACUCAUCGGUUGCCAGGGGCCCUGGGCUUCCUGUAUAUGGGUAUCGGUAUCGCCGGCUGUGGUGGCGCACCGUUUGCUGGCUGGGUGGCCGAUCGCGCCAACUACCCUGUUGCAUUUAUUUGUGUCGCCCUCGUGAUGGCCGCGGGGUGCUCGUGCAUCGGUGCCUUGUGGGUGCGGACGGCGUGCAUCGGGCAGCAUCGGCUGUUUCGCAACCAGACCAGCACAGCCACACUGGAAGAGCCGAGCCGGGGAGGCGCUGCUGCUGUGUGAAGAGUGAUGGGGGAGUGGAAGGGGAGUAUUGGCAUUUGCAAAUUUGAAGCCGUGGUCAUCCCACGUACACAAUGUCAUCCUUUUCCGCCUGCUGUUGCAGUAAUGUGUAUACGUCGUCUGUGCUGCAUGGUAUGCUUGACUUUUUUCGUCUCGACAUCCUAUGUAUAUCAGCACUGCGCUCUUUGUCAGCCAGAGGUACAUGACAGUUUUCGUCCACACUCACUUUAUUACCAAUCGCUCCAAUACCGUCGCUCAUUACAACAUUCCUGAGAGCAUUCGUCCAUCACACCGCGAAAGAGACGCGAACCGCGAGAAGUAAAAG